AUGGCUGACAGCUCUGUACCACCCUCAUCUGCAGCAGCCCCGGCCCCUGAGCCAGGAAUCACUGAGCAGCCGGGGCCCCGGAGUCCCCCUCCGUCCCCUCCAGGCUUGGAGGAGCCACUGGAUGGAACCAACCCUGAUGUCCCACACCCGGACCUGGCUCCUGUUGCCUUCUUCUGCCUGCGCCAGACCACAAGCCCACGGAACUGGUGCAUCAAGAUGGUAUGUAACCCAUGGUUCGAGUGUGUGAGCAUGUUGGUUAUCCUGCUGAACUGUGUGACCCUGGGCAUGUACCAGCCAUGUGACGACAUGGAGUGCCUGUCAGACCGCUGCAAGAUCCUGCAGGUCUUUGACGACUUCAUCUUCAUCUUCUUCGCGAUGGAGAUGGUGCUUAAGAUGGUGGCCCUGGGCAUUUUUGGCAAGAAGUGCUACCUCGGGGACACAUGGAACCGUCUGGAUUUUUUCAUUGUCAUGGCAGGGAUGGUCGAGUACUCUCUGGACCUACAGAACAUCAACCUGUCAGCCAUCCGCACUGUGCGUGUCCUGAGGCCCCUCAAAGCCAUCAACCGUGUACCCAGCAUGCGGAUCCUGGUGAACCUGUUGCUUGACACACUGCCCAUGCUGGGAAAUGUGCUCCUGCUCUGUUUCUUCGUCUUCUUCAUCUUCGGCAUCAUUGGCGUGCAGCUCUGGGCAGGCCUGCUGCGGAACCGCUGCUUCCUGGAGGAGAACUUCACCAUACAAGGGGACGUGGCCCUGCCCCCUUACUACCAGCCAGAGGAGGAUGACGAGAUGCCCUUUAUCUGCUCCCUGUCGGGGGACAAUGGCAUCAUGGGCUGCCAUGAGAUCCCCCCACUGAAGGAGCAGGGCCGGGAAUGCUGCCUGUCCAAAGACGAUGUGUAUGACUUUGGGGCGGGGCGCCAAGACCUCAACGCCAGCGGCCUCUGCGUCAACUGGAACCGCUACUACAACGUCUGCCGCACGGGCAACGCCAAUCCUCACAAGGGCGCCAUCAACUUUGACAACAUCGGCUACGCCUGGAUUGUGAUCUUCCAGGUGAUCACUCUGGAAGGAUGGGUGGAGAUCAUGUACUAUGUGAUGGAUGCACAUUCUUUCUACAACUUCAUCUACUUCAUCCUGCUCAUCAUAGUGGGCUCCUUCUUCAUGAUCAACCUGUGCCUCGUUGUCAUAGCGACCCAGUUCUCGGAGACCAAGCAACGGGAGCACCGGCUGAUGCUGGAGCAGCGCCAGCGUUACCUGUCCUCCAGCACGGUGGCCAGUUACGCCGAGCCUGGCGACUGCUAUGAGGAGAUCUUCCAGUAUGUCUGUCACAUCCUUCGCAAGGCCAAGCGCCGUGCCCUGGGCCUCUACCAGGCUGUGCAGAACCGGCGCCAAGCCAUGGGCCCGGGGACACCGGCCCCUGCCAAGCCUGGGCCCCACGCCAAGGAGCCUAGCCACUGCAAGCUGUGCCCACAACACAGUCCCCUGGACCCCACACCCCACACGCUGGUGCAGCCCAUCUCCUCUAUUCUGGCCUCUGACCCCAGCAGCUGCCCGCGCUGCCAGCAGGAGGCAGGCAGGCGGCCCUUAGGCCUGGGCAGUACUGACUCAGGCCAGGAAGGCUCAGGCUCUGGCAGCUCUGCAGGGGCCGAUGGGGAUGGACCCCAAAGCAGUGAGGAUGGGGCCUCCUCAGGCUUGGGGAAGGAGGAGGAGCAGGAGGAUGGGGCAGCCCGACUGUGUGGGGAUGUGUGGCGAGAGACGAGAGCCAAGCUUCGGGGCAUCGUGGACAGCAAAUACUUCAACCGAGGCAUCAUGAUGGCCAUCCUGGUCAACACUGUCAGCAUGGGCAUCGAGCACCAUGAGCAGCCCGAGGAGCUGACCAACAUCCUGGAGAUCUGUAAUGUCGUCUUCACCAGCAUGUUCGCCCUGGAGAUGAUUCUGAAGCUGGCUGCCUUCGGGCUCUUUGACUACCUGCGAAACCCUUACAACAUCUUCGACAGCAUCAUCGUCAUCAUCAGCAUCUGGGAGAUCGUGGGGCAGGCGGACGGCGGCCUGUCCGUGCUGCGCACCUUUCGGCUGCUGCGGGUGCUGAAGCUGGUGCGCUUCAUGCCGGCGUUGAGGCGCCAGCUCGUGGUGCUCAUGAAGACCAUGGACAACGUGGCCACCUUCUGCAUGCUGCUCAUGCUCUUCAUCUUCAUCUUCAGCAUCCUUGGGAUGCAUAUCUUUGGCUGCAAAUUCAGCCUCCGCACGGACACCGGAGACACGGUCCCCGACAGGAAGAACUUCGACUCCUUACUGUGGGCCAUUGUGACGGUGUUCCAGAUCCUCACUCAGGAGGACUGGAACGUUGUCCUGUACAAUGGCAUGGCUUCCACCACCCCCUGGGCCUCCCUCUACUUUGUUGCCCUCAUGACCUUUGGCAACUAUGUUCUCUUCAAUCUCCUGGUGGCUAUCCUGGUAGAGGGCUUCCAGGCUGAGGGUGAUGCUAAUCGCUCCUACUCUGAUGAGGACCAGAGCUCAUCCAACAUGGAGGAGUUUGACAAGCUCCCAGAGGGCCUGGACAGCAGCGGGGAUCUCAAGCUCUGCCCAAUACCUAUGACACCCAAUGGACACCUGGACCCUAGCCUCCCCCUGGGUGGGCAUCUGGGUCCCGCUGGGGCCAUGGGCACGGCCCCCCGCCUCUCACUGCAACCAGACCCAGUGCUGGUGGCCCUAGACUCCCGAAAGAGCAGUGUCAUGUCCCUGGGCAGGAUGAGCUACGAUCAGCGUUCCUUGUCCAGCUCUCGGAGCUCCUACUACGGGCCCUGGGGCCGCAGCGGGGCUUGGGCCAGCCGCCGGUCCAGCUGGAACAGCCUGAAGCACAAGCCGCCCUCAGCGGAGCACGAGUCCCUGCUCUCGGGGGAGCGCGGUGGCAGCUGCGUCAGGGCCUGUGAGGGCGCCCGGGAAGAGGCGCCACCCCGCGCCGCACCCCUACAUGCCCCGCACACCCACCACGCGCACCAUGGAUCCCACCUGGCACACCGUCACCGCCACCACCGCCGGACGCUGUCCCUCGAUACCAGGGACUCGGUUGACCUGGCAGAGCUGAUGCCCGUGGUGGGUGCCCAUUCACGGGCCGCUUGGAGGGCAACGGGCCAGGCCCCUGGGCACGAGGACUGCAAUGGUAGAAUGCCCAACAUCGCCAAGGACGUCUUCACCAAGAUGGACGACCGCCGCGACCGUGGGGAGGAGGAGGAGGAGAUCGACUACACCCUGUGUUUCCGGGUCCGCAAGAUGAUUGAUGUCUACAAGCCAGAUUGGUGCGAAGUCCGCGAGGACUGGUCGGUCUACCUCUUCUCCCCAGAGAACAAGUUCCGGAUCCUGUGUCAGACCGUCAUUGCUCACAAGCUGUUCGACUACGUGGUCUUGGCCUUCAUCUUCCUCAACUGUAUCACCAUUGCUCUGGAGAGGCCCCAGAUUGAAGCCGGUAGCACUGAGCGCAUCUUCCUCACGGUGUCUAACUACAUCUUCACAGCCAUCUUCGUGGGCGAGAUGACACUGAAGGUGGUUUCCCUGGGCCUGUACUUUGGCGAGCAGGCAUACCUGCGGAGCAGCUGGAACGUACUGGAUGGCUUCCUGGUCUUCGUGUCCAUCAUCGAUAUUGUGGUAUCCGUGGCCUCUGCGGGGGGAGCCAAGAUUCUGGGGGUCCUCCGGGUCCUUCGGCUCUUGCGCACCUUGCGUCCCUUGAGGGUCAUCAGCCGGGCGCCUGGCCUGAAGCUGGUGGUGGAGACUCUCAUCUCCUCCCUUAAGCCCAUCGGCAACAUUGUGCUCAUCUGCUGCGCCUUCUUCAUCAUCUUCGGCAUCCUGGGGGUGCAGCUUUUCAAGGGCAAGUUCUACCAUUGUCUGGGAGUGGACACCCGCAACAUCACCAACAGAUCUGACUGCGUGGCCGCCAACUACCGCUGGGUGCAUCACAAGUACAACUUUGACAACCUGGGCCAGGCUUUGAUGUCCCUCUUUGUCUUGGCCUCCAAGGAUGGCUGGGUGAACAUCAUGUAUAAUGGAUUGGAUGCUGUUGCUGUGGACCAGCAGCCCGUGACCAACCACAACCCCUGGAUGCUUCUGUACUUCAUCUCCUUCCUGCUCAUCGUCAGCUUCUUCGUGCUCAACAUGUUCGUGGGUGUGGUUGUGGAGAACUUCCACAAGUGCCGACAGCACCAGGAGGCCGAGGAGGCGCGGAGGCGCGAGGAGAAACGGCUUCGGCGCCUGGAAAAGAAGCGCCGUAAAGCACAGAGGCUGCCCUACUAUGCCACCUACUGUCCCACAAGGCUGCUCAUCCACUCCAUGUGCACCAGCCACUACCUGGACAUCUUCAUUACCUUCAUCAUCUGCCUCAACGUGGUCACCAUGUCCCUGGAGCACUACAACCAGCCUACAUCCCUCGAGACAGCCCUCAAGUACUGCAACUACAUGUUCACCACUGUCUUUGUGCUGGAGGCUGUGCUGAAGCUGGUGGCAUUUGGCCUGAGGCGUUUCUUCAAGGACCGAUGGAACCAGCUGGACCUGGCCAUUGUGCUCCUGUCCGUCAUGGGCAUUACACUGGAGGAGAUUGAGAUCAACGCAGCCCUGCCCAUCAACCCCACCAUCAUUCGUAUCAUGCGUGUUCUGCGUAUCGCCCGGGUGUUGAAGCUGCUGAAGAUGGCCACGGGAAUGCGGGCCCUGCUGGACACGGUGGUACAGGCCCUGCCCCAGGUGGGCAACCUCGGCCUCCUCUUCAUGCUGCUCUUCUUCAUCUACGCGGCCCUGGGAGUGGAGCUCUUCGGAAAGCUGGUCUGCAAUGAUGAGAACCCAUGUGAGGGCAUGAGCCGGCACGCUACCUUCGAAAACUUCGGCAUGGCCUUCCUCACGCUCUUCCAGGUCUCCACAGGCGACAACUGGAAUGGGAUCAUGAAGGACACUUUGCGCGACUGCACCCAUGAUGAGCGCAGCUGCCUGAGCAGCCUGCAGUUCGUGUCACCACUGUACUUCGUGAGCUUCGUGCUCACGGCUCAGUUCGUGCUCAUCAACGUGGUGGUGGCCGUGCUCAUGAAGCAUCUGGACGACAGCAACAAGGAGGCCCAGGAGGAUGCGGAGAUGGACGCCGAGAUCGAGCUGGAGAUGGCCCAUGGCCUGGGCCCGAGUCCGGGCCCCUGUCCCUGCCCCUGUCCAGCCCCCAGGCUGCCCACUACUUCCCCGGGAGGCCCGGGCCGUGGAUCAGGAGGGGCAGGUAUUGGGGGCGACGCCGAGGGCCACCUGUGCCGGCACUGCUAUUCUCCAGCCCAGGAGACCCUGUGGCUGGACAGCGUCUCUUUAAUCAUCAAGGACUCCUUGGAGGGGGAGCUGACCAUCAUUGACAACCUGUCCGGCUCCAUCUUCCACCACUACUCCUCACCUGCCGGCUGUGACAAGUGUCACCACGACAAGCAAGAGGUGCAGCUGGCUGAGACAGAGGCCUUCUCCCUGAACUCAGACAGGUCCUCAUCCAUCCUGCUAGCGGAUGACCUGAGUCUUGAGGACCCCACGGCCUGCCCACAGGGCCCCAAGGAGAGCAAGGGUGAGCUGGAGCCUCCUGAGCCCAUGCAGGCUGGAGACCUGGAUGAGUGCUUUUACCCCUUUGCCAAUGCGCCAGUGACUGCAGGCCCAGAGAGCCUGCUGUGCGAGAUGGAGGCCAUCCCAUUCAAUCCUGUCCAGUCCUGGCUCAAACAUGAGAGCAGUCAAGUGCCCCCGAGCUCUUUCUCCACGGAUGGUUCCAGCCCUCUCCUGCAGAUGCCUGCUGAGUUCUUCCACCCUGCUGUGUCUGCCAGCCAGAAGGGGCAGGAAGCGGGCAUGAGUGCAGGGACCCUGCCCAAGAUUGCCCUUCAGGGCUCUUGGGCAUCUCUGAGGUCUCCGAGUGUCAACUGCACCCUCUUGCGUCAGGUCACUGUGAGUGACACGUCCCUGGAUGCCAGCCCCAGCAGCUCAGCAGGCAGCCUGCAGACCACGCUGGAGGAUAGCCUGACGCUGAGUGACAGUCCCCGGCGUGCCCUGGGGCCACCAGCCCAGGUGCCAGGGCCACGGGCUAGCCUGUCUCCAGCCACCCGGCGCCGCCUCAGUCUGCGCGGCCGUGGCCUGUUCAGUCUGCGUGGGCUGCGGGCCCAUCAGCGAAGCCACAGCAGCGGUGGCUCCACCAGCCCUGGCUGCACCCACCAUGACUCCAUGGACCCCUCUGAUGAGGAGGGCCGCGGGGGCGCAGGCGGCGGGGGCGCGAGCAGUGAGCACUCGGAGACCCUCAGCAGCCUGUCGCUCACGUCUCUCUUCUGCCCACCUCCUACGCUGCCUCCACCGGGCCUCACCCCAGCCAGGAAGUUCAGCAGUACCAGCAGCCUGGCCGCUGGACCUGGCCGUCCCGGCGGCGCCACCACUGUCUCAGCCCGCAGCCUGGCCAGGAGUCCCUCAUGGGCUGCAGACCGCAGCAAGGACCCACCGGGCCAGGCUCGGCGGGCGUCGGGCUUGGGCUCCUCUGCCCCGGAGCCACACCCACCUCCUGGGGAGCUGGAGUCAGCUGAUGCCGCCAGCAAGAGGAAGAGAUGAGGGGCCGCAGGGGCUGCGGGGGGACCUGCCACCUGCUGUCCUUCCGCCUGCCCCAUCUUGCCUUCUUUUACCUCAGGAGCCAGGGAGCAGACAGCAAUACUUUGCCCACACUUGGGAGUGGCAUAGGGCCCAGCCAGCGCCAGGCCACUGGGCAGGCGACUGAGGAGGGUCUGGGUUAGCCGAGGCUCAGAUGUGGUCCCAACCGAAGCCCUUCCAAGCGCACAUGCAGAUAUAUAUAGAUAUAUAUAUAUAUACAUUAUAUAUAGAGAGACAGACAUAUAUUUAUUUAUUUUUUUUACCGAGAGCUUAUGAAUUCCAGAAAGUGCUAAUGUUGAGGGUGCAGGCCAGGGCCCAGACAGGGGUCUCGUCUGUCGGUUAGAACCCAGGCGUGCACAGCAGGGUGUUCCUGCUGGGGCACAAGAGCUGUAGUUUUGGGGUCUCCCUGAGUUGAGAGCAGCUUGGGAGGAUGUUCAGGGCCCAGGAGACAGAAGAGAAGUAAUUCAGGGUGCACUUUUUCCCCCCUUUAAAGAAGAGACCCUACGAAGUUCCCCCAGCCCCUUCCCCCACGUCAGGGUUUGAGUCUCGUCCCUCUGACUAUCGUGCUGUUGUGAAGUCUUUUGUAGACACUCUUGACACACACUUUCUUAGGUAGCCGGCUAGAUGUUCUCUUUAGAAAACCCGGGGGGAGGGAGGUUAGUCCUAUUUCUUAGAGCAGGGUUGGGGGACACGGCAGUUCUGAGACUGGGCAGGCGGCUCAGGGCACAGGGGAAGCUUUGGCUUCUGUGGGCACUAACGGGGACGGUUCAGUCCCCCUGAGAGAGAGGACAGAUGAAGGGGUCAGUGGUACCUGUUUGAUCCACAGAGAUGCUCAGUGUUUGGGGUUGACAGUUGCCAUGGAAUGUUCUGCCUUUGUCCCCUCCACAGGCCUCAUAUUGCAUCGGUUCCUAGGGAUAUGAUCACCCACCCUGAGCAGCACCGCCUACCCCAGUGGUGUUUGGGGGUAACAGCCAAUCUGAAGGGGGCUGUUGAGUGCCUGCCUGAACCCUGGCUCCAGUCUUUCCCCACCCCAAAUCUCUCAGUCUCCGGUCAGUUUCCCAGACAUUCACCUCCCCUGCCUCCAGCUUACCCCUGAGGAUGUCUCAUUGUUUUAAGCUUCAGGCUGGGUCUCACUAUGGUCGUGCUUCCUGAAUGAGUUCAGGGCGGGUGUAUUUUAUUUGAAUGGCUCUCGCGGGCUAAGCUCGAAAGCAGCUGGGUUCAAAAUUAGUGUGAAGAAGAGGGUGGCACGCUGCUGCCGGCGGCCUGCUGACCAGGGCGGUAAUGUGGGCGCUCACCUAGAUCCCCAAGGGUUAUGCAGGGCCCUGCUAAGAGCAUGAGUGUGUCUUGUCCCUGAUCCCAAAUCCCGAUUUCACAGAAGUGGGCUUCUAGCCAGGCUAGUGAACAGGAGCUGCAUUUGCAGCCUUUGGGGUGUCCGUGCCUAGCACAGGGACCCUGGGGUCAGGGCAGUGUGAGGAAAGAAGAAAUGUUGAGAGGCGCUUGCCUGUAAAGCCCUUUUUAGAGGCGAGGAGUAGAAAAGUGAUUGUUAGACCCACUUUACACAUAGGUAAACUGAGGCUCUGGAUAAGUGAAGCAGCCUUUUAGCCCUGGCAGCAAAGAGCCCAGGUGAAAGGCCCUGGCAUGGACACGUGGACUGUGUGCGUACAGCUGUGGUUGAAAGGAGAGUGACUCCAAGGGCUGGCUUCCGGGUUGGCUGUGCUGUAGUGAGGGCUGGGCCAGGCCCAUGCUCUUCAGGCUUUAUGGUGGUAUUUGAUAGCAUCCAGUGCUUUCUGCUUUCUGGGGUCAGUGUUAAUCAUCUAUCUCAGUCUUCAGGGUGCCCCUGUGUGUGUACGUGUGUAUGCUGCUCUUCACAGCCAGCUUUCUCCCUGUCAAGGCUGGGCCCGGAUGUUCAGGCCAUCAUACUUUUACACUGUGACCCCCCCCCCCCUGCCCCCAGAGCUAGAAGACAUGGAAAAUGGGCAAGCUUUAGGCAAGGGCUGUAGCUGGGCACAGCAGAGCAUCCAGAGAGAAUGAGUAGCCGAGCCUAGAGGUAAAGGCAACUUGACCCAGGGUGGGUUUUCCUAGGACUGAUCACAGGUAUUUGGUCUUGUGUCUGUGAGUGGGGAUUCAGGGAACAGGGAGACUGUGCGCUCCUGGCAAGAUGAACUCUAAUGGGCAAGGACUGGGCAUGUGGCUCCUCUUCAACACUAUGGCUUGGGGCUGUGGCCUCAGGCCAAGCCUGUCCAUCACCAAAGCACAAACUUCCUCAAUCCACAUGGGCCUGGCUGUGAGGAGAAUGGGGAACCAGCUACCAAUGCCCUAAAGCCGUUCAUUUGCUUGGCUGUGGAGGGUACCACAACAUCUGUAGAGAAGGGUCUGGAGCUAGCUAGGACCUGCCCUGUACUCACCCUUCUGCUUGUUCCCAGUAUUUCUCCUGGAGUGCACAGCUCACACAGUCACCUUCAGCCCCUUUUGCUGCUCUGUGUAAGGGCUUGGGGUCUUAGAAACCGCUGUUUAGCCCAGACACACAUACUUUUUUUUUUUUUUUUUUUUGGUCUUUGUGCAAUAAUCAGUGUCCCUGGCAGAGCCAGGGCUGAACUGGGGCCUGGGAGGAGGCAGAGGCCACCUUGUCCAGCAAGCCCCCAGCCCGGCUCUGCCUCUGCGACUCUCACUUUCGGUCACUGUACAGUUUCUACAGUGUGAACGAACUUCCCUCCUCGUUGCUGAAGGCGCUGGUCCCUGCAGGCCCAGAUGGCCGAGCAUAGAGAAACCAAGCCGCACAGCCAGCCACCGUUGUUUUGAAUAAAACCCCAGAAACCUA